CGCUUCCGCUAGCUUGAUGCUAACCGGUAUUUGUGCCUUUGCAGCUCCACAGUCUGUGUCUGUUUGCUAAACUCAUCAUUAUAACCCAUCGGCUGGAUGUGACUGUCUGGUCGGUGCAGUGGAUGUCAGGCAGUCGGCGUCAACUAGAAGUAAAAAAAACAAUCAGAUUUGAUGCUGUGCCUUCCUGCCCUGCCUGGUGCCAAGUGUCGGUAUGGAUGAAGAAACCCUAGAGGCAGCCAUCGCUACCUAUGGGGCCCAGCUGCAGCAGGUGGAGGCGGCUCUGUCUGCUGGCCUGGACCCCUCCCAACAGUCAGACCUGCUCAAACUGAGAGAGGACCUGUGUCAGCUGAUAGAUCUCACCCAGGGCAGUCUGGUGUCUGUCAAAAAGAGCCAUCUCCUGGCCAGCCUCGAGGACAGCAAUGGUCUGCAGGCCCACACCUCAGAGGCAGCAGCAGCAGACACAAGCUGUGCCAACACCAGUUUUGACUCUGAGUUUGCUUCUUUUUACUCUGAGCUGGGGGAGUUUUCAGGUGGUGACACCAGAGAGAGGGACAAGGAGGGAGGUGGUGGGCUAGGAUAUGGUGAGGAUGAUGAGGAGGAGGAGGAGGAGGAGGAAGAAGAAGAAAAUGCACUUAGUGGUACCAGAGUACGAGCACCUUACCGGACAUCGUGGGGAACACUGGAGUAUCACAAUGCCAUGGUGGUGGGGGCAGAACCACCAGAUGGAGAAGAGUCACAAGUUAGAGUGCUCUAUGUCUACCCCACCCAGAAGUCUAUGAAACCAUGUCCCUUCUAUCUAGAGGACAAAUGUCGCUUCCUGGAUAAUUGCAGAUUUUCUCACGGUGAAGUGGUGUAUGUGUCCGAGCUCAGAGAGUUCUUGGAGUGUGACCUUAGUAACCUUGAAGAAGGCUCGUCCUGCUUGGUUCGACAAGAGGACGGCAUCUGGUACCCAGCGAAAAUCAAAGAAAUAGACAACGGUUUCUACACUGUGAAGUUUGACUCACUGCUGCUGAAAGAUGCUGUGGUCGAGGCUGACUCUGUUAUUCCACCUUUGAGAGAAGACGACCCGCUCUCUUCUGAUUCUGACCUGGAAGACACUGGAGAUGAUGUGGGUUAUGCAAAAGUUAUGGAGUCAGAAGUAGAAUCUGUUAUGUUAAAUACUGCUGAGUUUGGUGGCUGGGAGGCACAUACCAGAGGCAUCGGAUCCAAGCUUAUGCUCAAAAUGGGCUAUGAAUAUGGGAAAGGCCUAGGAAAGAUGCAGGAGGGUCGAGUGGAGCCAGUCACGGCUGUGAUCCUACCCAAAGGUAACUCUCUGGACCAGUGUGCUGCUCUCACCCAGAAACACACCCAGAGCAAGACCACAAAAGACGGCACGCCGACAGGCCGGCCCAAGAGACGCAGGAAGCCUCGUGCUGCCACAGGAGGGCGCCACAACGUGUUUGACUUUCUCAACCACAAACUAGGCGGCGAGCGCGCCAAUCGUGCUGACGGGGGUGCUGCUGCUCCUUCAGUAGCGACUGGGGUGGAGGCUUACAGGGGAGGGGAGAGCGCCAAGAGGAUUCUGAAUGUGAAGCUGUUCCAAGCUGCACAGAGGGUGUCCCAGACAGAGAGGGAGAUCCAGAAACUGACCGAGUCACUGAGCAAGCAAACAGGCUGGGGCUCAUCCAGAGUGAAGCAGCUAGAGGAGAAGCUGUCAGCGGCCCGCCGGCUGCUGGCCCAGCAGAAAGCCCAGGAGCUGUCCAUCCAGAGAGAGCACAAGAAGGCUGACACACACAAGAAGAUGACGGAGUUCUAAGCUCAAAGACUCGGAGGACAAAGGAAGCACUGCUUGCCCGAAAUCGAAAUGUAGUUCAUCGUUUCUAUUAUCAGUUUUUCGCUACACUGUAUUUUAAGGCAUUUUUUAGCAUGAAUUUUUUUUACCACAUCAUGGAUUUGAGCUGGCAGUGGAGCCCACUUUAUGCAGAAUGCAUCAUUGUGCUGAAGAUCAGUUCUGUUUCUCAUUUAUUUUUCAAGGACAUGGCAGUUUUUCUGUUCCACGUCUAAUUUGUAUUGUUCACUAUAAUAUUGAAAACUGCUUUUUAUUUGUGAUGAACAUUUUGUCUCAAUGUUUAUUCAGCACUAAAAUCAAUGUGCUUGGAAAAGCCACUGUGCAUGGUGCUAUCAUUUCAACCAUAUACACCUUUAUACGACUCCAUUGUGAACAGUUUCUGUAGCACAGAAUCUACAAUGUGUUCUUUGUUACACUUUUCUGGGAGAGAUUUCAAUCACUCCGGCCAGAGGCUGCUCUGAUGGUCAGCGUAGCAUACCUUGACUUGGAUGUCUGCUGGUUUUAAAAUUACAACCUCAGGAGUUGGAAGACCUUUAGAGAGUUUUGAAGUGAAGCCUGUUGCCAGCUCAUAGACAGCAUCUUUGAAGCUGCGGCCAUAACCUCUCUAUUAAAUAAUGAAUUUGAGAAGACGCUUAUUUUCUCAUAGAUCGGACACACAUUGUCCGUGGGCGGGAAGGGUUCUGACUGCAUCUUACCUUUCUGCCUUCAGACACAAGUAAAGGUUGAAGUCGUGACUUUGGGUAUUUGCAGAUGAGGUCUUCAUCCUUUCCAUACCCUCUUUCAUCCGCUUUUGUGAGUCUGAUGGUAUAAUAACUAAAUUAAAAAAGUUUACAAAAAGAAACACACUUGUAUUUGUGAACUGCAUUUAACAUUUCUAACUUUCCAAAAGAAACAGGCCAGCUAAAAAAAAACAAUGUAAAAGCUGAAACCACAAGAAACAACUGUCAAACUGGUGACCAUCAGCAAGUCACAGUGAGUGUGCCCCUAAGGCGAAGAUGGUAGUAAAUACCUCACCUUAAAGCAAUACAUGCAGCAGGGAGAUACAGAGCACUUUGUAAGUCAUCCAUGGAGUGUGAGGAUGGACUGGUAGACCAGACAACAGCCCUGCACACGCAGGACUCGAAAACCCUCCACCUUGUACCCUGAGGAAAACCCUGCUUGUGCUUCCAUCUGUUUGAGUGGCAGCACUUUUAGAUUGCUUCUGACUGGGGUGAUCGCACUAAAUGUGCUGAUCUUCGGGGGGGAAAAAUGGAGAAAUGCAGUAUGUGUGUUGAUUUAAUGGGAUCCCUCGGGAUCCUGCGGUUCACCCUUUACCACGUUUGUAACCCUCGGGUCUCUGAGGAUAUCGCUGCCCAGCCAACAGCAGAUUUGUGAGUGUUCAGGUGUGUGCACGCUCCUGCAGACGUCUGUCACAUGUAUGUAUUCAGACUGGCAUUACGGGAGUUUUUGCUGCUAACUGGCAUUUCAUCAGACCCUGGAUUAUGUGAUUAAGGUGGUGUGAUAGGAGAAUUGAUUUGAAGGCCACUGUGACUUGCCUCGCUUAGAAAUUCAUAAUGUUGAACGAGGAUCAGCCAGGCUUCAGGGGCUGGCCUCUGAAUGUGUGGGGUGGGGUAAGAUUUCUUAUGGUGUUUACCUGGCUCUCUGUGGUACAAAUGUGCUGUCUUCACUGAUAUACACUGCAAUUUGUAACUGUUGAGAGAAUUGUGAUGAACUUGUACUACAGGUCAUUUUUCACGUUAUAUAAAAUUGCCAUCAGAAGGUUAAAUCCA